UGACUUGAUUGGAUCUUUUAUUCAUAAACCAAUGUGAGCACCCGCACCCAAAAUUUUCGGAACAAAAUCAAAUUUCUUGAGAGGCAUAACGAAAGUAACGAGAAAAGUUAAAAUUUUGAUAAGUAGCAAUGCCGUGCGAUGGCAAUGCCAAUCUGUAUAUAGGUAAACAGGAAUCAAGUGUAUCUCACAACUCGAGCGCCAUGGGUUCUACUUCUGAUAUUGGUGCAUCGGUUAUCGAGGCUGGUGCUAGUGGAAACCUCAGCAAGCUUAAGGCAAUUAGAAAAAAAGUUGGUGAUGAAUGGGAAUUCCGCAAAAUAUGCGAUCAAUGUAGUGACUUCUCCACUGGCUGGAGUGUCUUGCAUCACGCGGUUGAAAUCGGACAUUUUGAGAUUUGUAAAUUCUUGAUCAAGAACGUCCAAGUUUCUGUUGAUCCCUUCACUUACAAGAUGGAUACUCCACUAACACAAUCUGCCAAAGGGGGACAUGUCAAAAUUGUGGAGUUUCUCAUUGAACAUGGUGCUGGCAUUAAUCUUGCAAAUGUUGAGGGAUUCACUCCCUUGAGCUAUGCAAUUCUUAAAGGUAAUAUGGAGCUUAUGGAGUUGUUGCUGAGAAACCGUGCUUACGUAGACGCACAGUGUGUAGAUGGAACGCCUUUACAAAUUGCUGUUUCUCGUGGAGAUGUUGAGGCUGUCAAGUUUCUCUUGUCUCAUGGCGCAAACCCAGAUUAUUUUUAUGUAGUUGCGGACUGCCCUCUUGGAAUCGCAGUCAAGUCUCGCUCAUUUGAAUGCCUGAAAUUGCUGCUCAAGGCUAAUGCGAACCCGAGUGUCUAUUUCAACGGGUUUAGUCCUUUGUCAGCUGCUGCGAGAGAUGAUGACACAAAAUUUCUUACAUCUUUGCUUGCAGCUAAAGCAGAUCCAAAUUUAACAGAAGAAGAUAUCUUUAAACCUAUCGAGGAGGCUGCUAUGUUGCGUAACCGUGUAGCUAUGGAGAUUUUGCUUCCAGUGACUAAACGGCUUGCAUAUCAUCCAAAUUGGACUAUCGAUGGCAUAAUCGAACACAUUCAGUCUGAUGAAUUUAUGGCAAUGGGCGCGUUCAAAGUGCAAAUGCUCUUGAGUAAACUAGACACCAGAGGGAUGCAAUGCGCGUGGAAUAAGGAUUUAUACUCUGCAAUGGUACAAUAUAAAACGGCUACUAAUUUUCGUCCAUGUAACACGACAUGGCUGUCAAAGCUAAGCAUGUGGGAAGCGCGCUUGGAUUUGAAGAUUCCUGCUUUGUUAGGUGCUCAGAAAUGCAUUAGACUCAUGCCAGACCUCCCCAUCCCGGUUCGAGGAGAAAUUGAUGAUGCAGCUAAUGUAAUAUUCAUGAGAUUCCUCAUGGCAGCCCUUGCCUUCUCCUUGGAUCCUUACAACAACGAAAUCGGCUUUCAAUUUAGAGUUUGUUUGUUUGAUUACUUUGUUUGGUUGAUUCAGAUGAGCAGCUCGGACGAGAUCUUGAGUAUUAUCUGAUGUUUAACAUAGAUAAUAUUGGAUCAUAUUCUGUUGUCACUUAUAUACAUCGAUUCAUACAGUGUUAUUAUAUUACAUCAUUUCUCGGCUACAUGUGGCAAGUAUGUUGUAUCGUUAGGCACUGCUCUCGUUUAGUCCACAUCGCUAAAGUACAUAACGUAGAGGAAAAUGAAAAAAAAAAACUGUGAAUCAC